AUGAUGCUGUAUCUGUCCUUCCCUGUGACCAUGUUCUGGAUCUCCAACCAAGCAGAGUACUUUGAGGAAUAUAUUGUGAAGAGAAAGGUUAGUGUUGUCUUAUCUGGAUUGAUUGGUUGAUUGAUUGAUUUCUUUUAUUUCAUGAUUAAAAGUGCAUAGAACUAAGGUUGCUUCAGCCGGAGACAACAGUAGCUACAUACAGUACAUAACAAUUGUUGAAGCUAAUACACAAUAAAGCCCAAUGGCUUAUUAGGCUCUGGUUCAUUCUUUCAGUGCUUUAAACUUUGUUUAGGUUACAUAUUAUUAGAUUGUGUAGACAGUCUGAAAAGGUUGACAGUACGGUCUGGUAAACUAAAGCUAAUUCUGACAUUUUGUGUAUGACCAUAUCAUAAGUAGUUUUUACCUGUUCAUUAAUGUUAAACUUUCCUUUCCUCUUUCAUGGUGAUCUCUUCUACGACCUUCAGAGGGAGAUUUUCCCACCCGAUGAGAAGAUGCAUGUAAGUGUGUGAAUAAUGUCACGUUAUUAUGCCAACAGUUACACAUCUCUCUUGAUUUAGGAACAAUGAAGUAUGACAUCAAUGCCUACCAAUAGUGACACUUUUGGAGAGGGAAGAUUUGAGGUUAAAGGAAUAUCCCACUCCCAAUACAAUUGAACAUAAUAUGGAAUAUCCCUUUUAAGAACUGUUUUGAUUUGGUGGGAGAUUGAAGGACUGGGGAUGUUGUAUUUGUUGUCAAUGUCUCUGUCCUCAAAGUUGAAAAUCUAUAAAUAGUUUAACGGUUUUGAUUGACAGUGGUAGAUUAUGACUGAAUGAUCUGUGUUACAGAGGAAAGAGCUGGAGGACUUCAAAGAGCGGAUGCGAGACCGCAAGGAGCGGCGGCUACUGAAACGGAUGGCCUUGGAGGAGGCAGAGAAGGAGUGA